UGAGAAUUCAUUUUUCAAUAGAAUGUCAUUCUAUAUGACAUAUUCAUCCUGUUGGUUAGUUUUACUAUAGUGAUGUUUUCUGCUAACCCUUAUGGUAAUCUUUUUUUUUUCUCAGAUCUAUGGAGCAACUACUGAAUUUUGAUGUGUAUUUUAUAUAACCGUAAUCACAAUGGGAUUAUCAUCUUCACACUGGUUUUAAUCAUCUUAUCAAUUUACAUAAACGUCGAGUAAUUCACAAUCUGGAGACAACAUAUAAAAUACCGUACUAAAAAUAGGAUUCAUUUUCUUUGUUUGUGUGUUUACGACCAUUGUUACUUACAUGUGUGUGUGUGUGUAUGUGCGUGCUUAAACAUAAACAGAUUCGUGUUUGUUCACCAAUGCACCAGUUGGAUUUUUGCAUAAAUUCAAGUUAUAUUUCCAGAUAACAAUAAGUUUAUCCUAUGUGUUGCUUAUGUUAACCAAGUCAGCCAAUUAUAAUUGAUUACAAACCUAGAUUUUUCUAUUUCUAUCAUAUACCAAUACUCAAUGAUGAGAUCUUGAUAAAUGAAUCUUCAUGUCCUUAUUGUCAAUGAGUCAUAUUAUAAUUAAAAAAAAUUUAUCACAGGAAUUAUAGAAAUAUAUAUGUGCACAACUAUUUCUGAACUUAAUAACCUAGUACAACGUCAUAAAUAACAAUAAUCGCUACGUAAAUAUCAAUAACACUGUCAAAUAUAGAUAGACGAAGAAGGGCCACAUUAGGCCAACAAGAAAUUGAUAAUAUACAGGCAAAAAGAUGGAGCCAAUACCCAACCAAUGCAUUGGAAUAUUUAUCACAGUCAGUCAGCGAUUCAUCUCGUUAUUAUUCUCCACAACUAGUAACUAUCAAUCUACAACCAAAUAUAGAUACAAAUAAUAAUACUAAUAUUAAUAAUAAUAAUAAUAAUAAUAAUAAUACCAAUCUAUAUUCUGAUAACUGCGAACACUGUCUGGCAAAGAAGUGUAUAAAAUUGGAUGCAACAGUACUAACAAAUUUAAGUGGAAAUUCUCUACCACUGACUAAUUGUACAACUCUGCACACAACAACUGAGACUAUAAAAACAGAUUUUGAAACAAGUCAAUUCAUCACUGUUGAUCAACCAACAUUGUUAAAAAACUUUAAAAUACCCAGACAAAAUCAAGAACCAAUUGGAAGUUUUGCUGAUAGUAGAAUCGAUCAAAGCACUAACUAUUUAAAUAAGCAACCCCAAACUCAGGAAUUACCAUUGAUGACUCAACCAAUAAGUUCAGUCACAAUGAAACCUGUACAAAAUAUUCCAGUACUUCCACAUACUGAAGUAUCGAAUCCUGUAGGUUAUAUCCACUCAUCAACAGUACCGGGUUUGGGAUCUAUGAUUCCAAUCGCUUCUAGAACUGGGAAUAAUAAUGUUAAUUUUAAUAGUUCAGCUAAAGCAAAUCAAUCUGAAACUUCUGGACAUACACUAGUUUUAGAUGGUAAAAGCUAUGAACCUGAAGAAUUACUCAACUUAAUUCAACGAUUACGACAAGAUAUUCGAGGAUACACUGAUCACAUAAGAUGGCUUGAACAAGAAUUGAGUCAAACAAGAAUCACUUUAAACGCUCGAGACAGAGAUAUUGACAAAUUGAAAUCAGUUUUAGACCAAAAACUUAAUAAUAAUAAUGUGGCACAACUACCUAUCUAUCCCGUUACACCAAUAUCCGAUACAUCACGUCAAACAAUUAAACAAAAUACGUUAAAUGUAACCGGAAUAACAUCUACAUUAAAUGCAACUGGUAUGCCUGAAAACAUUGGACAACAAAUGUCUGCAGACAAAUUACGCACUAAGAAACAAGGUGUUUCAGGUGAAAGUCUCACCGGAGAUCAAUUAUCAGGUCUUGUACAUCAUGAUAAAGAUACUUGGUCUUCUAGUUUAAUUCGAGAUGCUAUUAGUAAUAAUACAUUUUUGAAACAUUUGGAACCAUCACAAAUUGAAGAAAUAGUAGCUUGUAUGUAUAAAAAACAAAUACCUCAUGAAUGUUUUAUUAUACGUGAAGGUGAACCAGGCGAUGCAUUGUAUGUUGUUUCAGAUGGAGUAUUAGAAGUAUACAAAGAUAAUGCAUUACUUGGACGAAUGGAAGUGGGUCGAGCUUUUGGUGAAUUAGCAUUACUUUAUAACUGUAAACGAACUGCAUCUGUUAGAGCUGUAACCAAUGCUUCAGUAUGGACAUUAGAUCGACGUGUAUUUCAACAAAUUAUGAUGUCAACAUGUAUACAUAAACAGCAAGAAAAUAUGAAAUUUUUAAAAAGUGUCCCUGCGUUAAAAGAUCUAUCCUCAGAGAAAAUGAAGAAACUAGCUGAUGUCUUAGAACCAGUGUUUUAUGAACCUGGUGAAUAUAUAAUACGUGAAGGAGAACUUGGUGAAACAUUCUUCAUAAUUAAAUCUGGCAAAGUACGUGUUACACAUACAAUUGAUGGUACUGAUGAAACAAAAGAAAUUCGUCAACUUACAGAUGGAGAUUGGUUCGGAGAAAGGGCAUUAUAUACAUGUGAAAAACGGAGCGCCAAUGUAAUAUCUGCUGAAGGUGGUGUACAUCUACUCUCAUUGGAUAGGAGUAAUUUUAUUUAUCUAAUUGGUGAUUUAAAUGAAUUUAAAUCUAAAACUUAUGAUGAUAUCAAUCGUCCAUCCACUGGGAUAAUAUCAAUAAAUCAUCAACAAUCAGGAAAAUAUUUAGAUAAAGAAGAGACCGCUAGAACUCCACAAACUGUUGAAGAACGACAAUCAAAAGAUUCUCUCUCUUUUGCUAAAAUCGAUAAAAAUGAUUUAGAACGAAUCACAGUUCUAGGUGUUGGAGGGUUUGGAUGUGUCGAAUUGGUUUCUUGGACUAAAAAUAGAAAUAAAACAUUUGCAUUAAAACGUAUGAAAAAACAACAUAUUGUGCAUACACGUCAACAAGAGCACAUUUGUUCAGAAAGACAAAUAAUGUUGGAACUUCGAUGUCCAUUUAUUUGUCGACUUUACUGUACAUAUAAAGAUAACAAAUUUGUAUACAUGCUGUUGGAAGCUUGUUUAGGUGGUGAAUUAUGGACAGUUUUACGAAAUAAAGGUCGAUUUGAUGAUGUUAUGACACGUUUUGUGGUUGCUUGUGUUUUGGAAGCAUUCACUUACUUACAUACACAAGGCAUAUUAUAUAGAGAUUUAAAACCAGAAAAUUUACUUCUUGACCAUAAAGGUUAUGUGAAAUUAUGUGAUUUUGGAUUCGCCAAACGAGUUGGACAUGGUAAAAAGACUUGGACAUUUUGUGGUACACCUGAAUAUGUUGCACCGGAAAUUAUUUUAAAUAAAGGACAUGAUAAUUCAGCAGAUUAUUGGUCACUAGGUAUUCUUAUUUACGAAUUACUUACGGGAAGUCCGCCAUUUACUGGUACUGAUCCAAUGAAAAUUUAUAAUGUUGUUCUACGUGGAAUAGAUUGUGUUGAAUUCGACCCAAUGAAUAUAAGUCGAACCGCAACUACACUUAUUAAACGUUUAUGUGCACAGAAUCCAGCUGAACGGUUAGGCUAUGGACGAGGGGGAAUAAUCGAUAUUAAACAAAAUAAAUAUUUCCAAGGAUUUGACUGGAUCGGUUUGCAUCGUGGUACAUUAGCAGCUCCUAUACAACCUAUUAUACUUGGUCCAGAUGAUACAACUAAUUUCGAUAAAUAUCCUCAACAAAAUGAAGUCCCACCUGAUGAAACAUCAGGUUGGGAUAUGGAAUUUUAA